GCGGACAAUCUUAACCGUCUUAAUAAUUGUAUCGAUUUGAACACAUCAGAUCUUAAACCAUUUUUCCCAGAAAAUGUUCCAGCAAAAGCUGAUCAGACAAUAUAUCUUAAUGUCUCUUUCGAAACAGAUACUUCUAAUGUUGACAGAGGAGUAGUUAAUGGUAGCACAUACGUAGUUGAUGUAAACAAUCCAACUAUAAAUCAAAUCCUGUUUAAAAACCAAACUUUAUUUCAACCAAAUCAAAAUGUUAUUGGUCAAUUUAAUACUUCCCAAAUUAUUGAUAUUGUGGUAUAUAAUGGUGUUACUGGAGAACAUCCAUUUCAUUUGGAAGUUGAAUCAAUGUGCCUAAUGUCAUAUGAAGAAGCAAAAGAAUGGGUAUUGGAAUUAGAAGAAGAAAUCAAUGCUAAAGGAAAAGAAAUUGAUGGAUUAAAUAUUGGAAUAGAAAAACUAAUAUCAAAAGAAAAAAAUAUAUCUGAAGUUGAAAUUGGAAGAGAUAAUAAAAUAUUUGUUUGUUAUCAACAACUAGCCAAGCUGGAAAGUACAAUAGAUGAUUUUGAUUAA